AAUAAAUGUAUUCAGAUAGCUAAAGAAAUUCUUAAUGAAGAACCUAUAGUUGAGUACCGUCCUUCUUUCCUGAAUGGGUUAGAACUUGAUGCAUUCUUUCAAAAAUAUCAAAUUGCAUUAGAAAUACAAGGAGCUCAGCAUCGGCUUCAUAGCACUAGUUGGUAUAAAGAUGUCAAAAAACUUGAGGAUAUUGUUAAUCGUGAUCGGAAAAAAAGAACCCUGUGUCAACUUAACGGAAUUUAUCUUCUUGAGGUAUGGUAUGAUGAGAAUCCAGAAAUCACUAUUCCUAAGAAGAUAUAUAAAUUUAAAGAGUGUAUUAAUCGAGAAAUAUUUAAACUCUCAUAA